GUCUGCAGCCUCCAGUUAAGUUUCAUUUUACUCACAGCUCGCUCAGUGUGGAGCUUCAUUAGUUCCUGUUUGCACCGCCCCCCUCCCCGUGGUUCACUUUCACUCCGCCCGCCGCGGUGGCGCAGAUCUGUUCUCCGUGUUGAAGGUUUGCUGAAGCUCAGAGUCUCUGUGACCGGAUGUGGAUCAGCUGAACGUCCUCAGUGUUGUUGUGGUGACAGAGUGCAGCUCUGCAGCAGCUAUGGAUCAGUGUGAGGAGAGAGAGGAGGGGGAACAGGAAGCUCAGAGGAUGCAGCGACAGAAACCAGACUCUCCUGAACCCAGCUGUGUGUCCUUGAAGAGUGACUGGUCCAUGGGUCGCCCCAUUAACUUUAAGGUUGGACAUCCUGCUGAAGGAAGGACAAAGCAUCACAAACGAGACUCUCAGGGACCCAGCUGUGUGUCAGUGAAGAGUGACCAGUCCAAGGAUUUCCCCAUUAGCUUUAAAGAUGGACAAUCUGCUUAUCCAAAAGUUCAGCAGAAGAGCUCAAAGAUUCCCAGUGAUCAGUCUGCUCAGCAGCAUCCAACAGACCUGGACUCCAUAUUUAUGCUGCUGGAGGAGAAUAUUAUCACUUUUGUGAAGAAUGAGCUGAAAAGAGUCCAGAGGGUUCUGAGUCUAGAUUACGCAGAUUGCUUAGAGAGUCAGAGUGAGGAUGAGGAGGUGUUGGGCAGUGAGAAUGAAGACCAGAGGAGGAGCAGCAGAGAGGCCUUUCUGAAGAUCACACUGGACUUCCUAAGGAGAAUGAAGCAGGAGGAGCUGGCUAACUGUCUGCAGAGCGGAACUCAUGCUACAGUGUGCCAACGUAAACUCAAGUCUACCCUAAAGAAGAAGUUCCAGUGUGUAUUUGAGGGGAUUGCUAAAGCAGGAAACCCAACCCUUCUGAACCAGAUCUACACAGAGCUCUACAUCACAGAGGGAGGGACUGCAGAGGUCAAUGAUGAACAUGAGGUCAGACAGAUUGAAACAGCAUCCAGGAAACCAGACAGACCAGAAACAACCAUCAGACAAGAAGACAUCUUUAAACCCUUACCUGGAAGAGAUGAACCGAUCAGAACAGUGAUGACAAAGGGAGUGGCUGGCAUUGGGAAAACAGUCUUAACACAGAAGUUCACUCUGGACUGGGCUGAAGACAAAGCCAACCAGGACAUACAGUUCAUAUUUCCAUUCACUUUCAGAGAGCUGAAUGUGCUGAAAGAGAAAAAGUACAGCUUGGUGGAACUUGUUCAUCACUUCUUUCCUGAAACAGGAGGAAUCUGCAGGUUUGAAGAGUUCCAGGUUGUGUUCAUCUUGGACGGUCUGGAUGAGUGUCGACUUCCUCUGGACUUCCACAACAAUGAGGUCCUGACUGAUGUUACAGAGUCCACCUCAGUGGAUGUGCUGCUGACAAACCUCAUCAGGGGGAACCUGCUUCCCUCUGCUCGCCUCUGGAUAACCACACGGCCUGCAGCAGCCAAUCAGAUCCCUCCUGAGUGUGUUGACAUGAUGACAGAGGUCAGAGGUUUCACUGACCCACAGAAGGAGGAGUACUUCAGGAAGAGAUUCAGAGAUGAGGAGCAGGCCAGCAGCAUCAUCUCCCACAUCAAGACAUCACGAAGCCUCCACAUCAUGUGCCACAUCCCAGUCUUCUGCUGGAUCACUGCUACAGUUCUGGAGGAGGUCUUGGAGACCAGAGAGGGAGGAGAGCUGCCCAAGACCCUGACUGAGAUGUACAUCCACUUCCUGGUGGUUCAGACCAAACUGAAGAAAGUCAAGUAUGAUGGAGGAGCUGAGACGGAUCCACACUGGACUCCAGAGAGCAGGAAGAUGAUUGAGUCUCUGGGAAAACUGGCUUUUGAGCAGCUGCAGAAAGGCAACCUGAUCUUCUAUGAAUCAGACCUGACAGAGUGUGGCAUAGAUAUCACAGCAGCCUCAGUGUACUCAGGAGUGUUCACACAGAUCUUUAAAGAGGAGAGAGGGCUGUACCAGGACAAGGUGUUCUGCUUUGUCCAUCUGAGCGUUCAGGAGUUUCUGGCUGCUCUACAUGCCCAUCUGACCUUCAUCAACUCUGGUGUCAAUCUGCUGGCAGAAGAACAAACUACAUCCUGGUGGCCUGAAGUGUUUGGAAGCAAAUCAACACAUUUCUAUGAGAGUGCUAUGGACAAGGCCUUACAGAGUCCAAAUGGACACCUGGACUUGUUCCUCCGCUUCCUCCUGGGUCUUUCACUGGAGGCCAAUCAGACUCUACUAAGAGGUCUGCUGACACAAACAGGAAGUAGUUCACAGACAAAAAAGAAAACAUCCGAGUACAUUAAGAAAAAGAUCAGUGAGAAUUUCUCUGUAGAGAGAAGCAUCAAUCUGUUCCACUGUCUGAAUGAACUGAAUGACCGUUCUCUAGUGGAGGAGAUUCAACAGUCAUUGAGUUCGGGAAGUCUCUCCACAGCUAAACUCUCUCCUGCUCAGUGGUCAGCUCUGGUCUUCAUCUUACUGUCAUCAGAAAAACAUCUGGACGUGUUUGACCUAACAAAAUAUUCUGCUUCAGAGGAGGCCCUUCUCAGGCUCCUGCCAGUUGUCCAAGACUCCAACAAAGCUCUGCUGAGUGGCUGUAACCUCUCAGAGAGAAGCUGUGAAGCUCUGUCCUCAGUUCUCAACUCACAGUCUUCUAGUCUGAGAGAGCUGGACCUGAGUAACAACAACCUGCAGGAUGCAGGAGUGAAGCUGCUUUCUGCUGGACUGAAGAGUCCACACUGCAGACUGGAAACUUUCAGGUUGAAUGGCUGUAACCUCUCAGAGAGAAGCUGUGAAGUUCUGUCCUCAGUUCUCAACUCACAGUCUUCUAGUCUGAGAGAGCUGGAUCUGAGUAACAACAACCUGCAAGAUUCAGGAGUGAAUCUGCUCUCUGCUGGACUGGAGAGUCCACACUGCAGACUGGAUACUCUCAGGCUGAUUGGGUGUUACCUCUCAGAGAGAAGCUGUGAAGCUCUGUCCUCCGUUCUCAGCUCCCAGUCCUGUAGUCUGAGAGAGCUGGACCUGAGUAACAACAACCUGCAGGAUUCAGGACUGAAGCUGCUGUUUGUUGGACUGGAGAGCCAACAAUGUAUAUUGAAAGGUCUUAGGUUAACUGGCUGUAAACUUUCAGAAAAAAGCUGUGAAGCUCUGUCUUCAGUUCUGAUGUCCCAGUCCUCUAGUCUGAGAGAGCUGGACCUGAGUAACAACAGCCUGCAAGACUCAGGAAUGAAGCUUUUGUCGUCUUGCCUGGAGAGCCCAUACUGUACAUUAGAAACUCUCAGGCUGAUUGGCUGUAAACUGUCAGAGAAAAGCUGUGAAGCUCUGUCUUCAGUUCUCAGCUCCCAGUCCUCUAGUCUGAGAGAGCUGGACCUGAGUAACAACAAACUGCAGGAUUCAGGAGUGAAGAUGUUGUCUUCUGGACUACAAAGACUGGCAAUUCUCAGGCUGAGUGGCUGUAAACUGUCAGAGAGAAGCUGUAAAGCUCUGUCUUCAGUUCUCCGCUCCAAAUCUUCUAGUCUGAGAGAGCUGGACCUGAGUCACAAUGAUCUGCAAAAUUCAGGAGUGAAGCUGUUGACUGCUGAACUGGAGAGUUCAUUCUCAACGCUGGAAUUUCUUAGGUUGAGUGGCUGUAAACUGUCAGAGAGAAGCUGUGAAGCUUUAUCUUCGCUUCUCAGCUCCCAGUCUUGUAGUCUGAGAGAGCUGGACCUGAGUAACAACGACCUGCAGGAUGCAGGAGUGAAUCUGCUGUCUGCUGGACUGAAGAGUCCACACUGCAGACUGGAAACUCUCAGUCUGUCAGGUUGUCAGGUCACAAUGGAAGGCUGUGUCUCUCUGGCCUCAGCUCUGAGUUCCAACCCCUCACAUUUGAGAGAGCUUGACCUGAGCUACAACCAUCCAGGAGAUUUAGGAGAGAAGCUGCUGUCUGCUGGACUGCGCUAUCCACAUUGGAGACUGGACACUGUCAGGCUGGACCAUGUUGGAGUGCAGAGACUGAAACGUGGGCUGAGGAAGUAUGCCUGUGAACUGGAGCUGGACACAAACACAGUGAACGCAGAGCUCAAACUUACGUUUAACAACAAGAAGGUGACAUAUGUGGAACAGGAGCAGUCAUAUCCUGAUCAUCCAGACAGGUUUGACUGGCCUCAGCUGAUGUGUACAAAUGGUCUGACUGGUCGCUCCUACUGGGAGGUGGAGUGCAGAGGAAGAGUUGAAAUAGCUGCGACUUACAGGAGAAUCAGCAGGAGAGGAAACAGGAAAGACUGUUUGUUUGGAGACAAUGAUCAGUCCUGGAGUCUGAGCUGUUCUGAUGGUCGUUAUUCUGUGGGGCACAAUGACACAAGCUCCCCCUUCUCCUCCCCCACCCCCUCUCGCAGAAUAGGAGUGUAUGUGGACUGUCCUGCUGGCACUCUGUCCUUCUACGAAGUCUCCUCUGACAAACUGACCCACCUCCACACCUUCAACACCACGUUCACUGAACCUGUUUAUCCUGGCUUUAGGCUCUGGUCUGGUUCCUCAGUGGCUCUGUGUUCUCUGUAGGUCAGAAACACUGCUGACUGAAGAUCAGCACUCACAGUGUGUCUCAGACUCAAACACAAAAACUCAUUUAUCUGAUUUCAUCACUUUAAUUAUUAACAUUUGAACAGUUUAACCAACAACUCUUGGUAACAUGCAACAUCUAAAACAGAAU